AUGCGAGAUUUAGAAAAGUAUCGUAAAGAUUCGCGUUAUAAAAAAUACGUACAACUUGUAGAGAAAGUACUACAAUCCUUUGAUAAAGAAGUCAAUGAAUGGGCCGAUUUCAUAGCUUUUUUAGGAAAGCUUUUAAAGGCUUUUCAAGCUUAUCCUCAGUUUUCCGUAAUACCUAGAAAGUUAGUUGUUGGCAAAAGACUGGCACAAUCCUUAAAUCCGGCACUGCCCCCCGGUGUGCAUCAAAAGGCUCUAGAAGUUUACGAUUAUAUUUUUAAUAGUAUUGGAAUCGAACAAUUAGCAGACGAUUUACCUAUUUAUUCUCAAGGAUUAUUUCCUUUCCUUCAAUAUGCUGCCAUGAAUGUUAAACCUCAAUUAUUAGAUCUAUAUGAAAAAUAUUUCUUUCCUUUACGGAAUCAAUUAAGACCUGUGAUGAAAGCAUUUAUCACAGCCCUAUUACCUGGUUUAGAAGAAGAAGGAAGUGAAUUUUUUGAUAGGGUUUUAUCCCUUUUGAAUUAUCUAUCUGGGAUUGUAGAACAGACAUAUUUUCUGCAGAGUAUGUGGCUUGUAUUAAUAACAUCAUCAUCUUUACGGACUCCGGCUUUAAAUUAUUUAUCUCGGCGGAUGCCAAAAAUCACAUCUAAAGAAGAUGUAGCAGUAGUGUUGGGUGAUGAUAUUGGAAUUAUGGUUCGAGCAUUUUCAGCGACACUGGAUGAUAAACACGUUUUGGUGCAACGAGCUAUUCUUGAUUUAUUAGUUAAAAGUUUCCCUUUAAAAGUCAAAAAUGUUGGAGAGAUCAUUCAACAAGAUGAUCUUAUAUUAUUAAUGAAAUCUGCUUCGGCAGUUGUUUUACGUAAAGACAUGUCACUUAAUAGAAGGCUUUAUGCAUGGCUUUUAGGACCCGACGAAAAUCCGGAGCAACAAAUUGAACAUUUUCAUCAAUAUGGCAAAAGUGCUCUCGUUUCUGCUUUGAGGAACAUGUUUUUUUUGGAUACGAGUGAUUUAGCUACUGCACAACGACCAUAUAAGAUUUUGAUAUCAUUGAUGGAUAAGGAAGAAAUUGGACAACCUAUUGUACAGGAUUUACUUGUCGAUAUUUUAUGGUCAUUUAAAAAUCAUACUGAAAAGUCAGAAUUCAGUUCCGAUUUAUUACAAACAGCUAAUAUGUUUUUGGAAAUGAUUAAUCCAUAUUUAAUUUGGAUGAAAUUAUAUGGUCUAGUUCAGGAUCGAUUUACUGCUCAAGAUGGAUUAGAUAUUUCAGCGUUGGAUUUGGUUAAUUUCGUAUUGAAUUCUUUUCGAAUGCAUGAAGAUGAAAUUGAACAAAUACAUAUGCCACUAUUCGUUACUGCCUUACUUCGUAAACUUCAGAUGUUUACAAAUGAAGCAAAUUUCAGUCGCCGUAUUUCACAAACUGAAUCUUCUCUAACAUUAUCUUUGGAUUUAUUGCAAAAAAUCCCUGAUAGUGUUUUUAGUUAUUGCGAACUUUCAAUUAAAAAAGAUUCUCAAGAAAAUAUACAAAUUCCAUGUAAGGAAUCUUCAACGUCACAAGUUGAAACAGAUUCUGUGAAUGAAGAAACAGAAUCUGCGCAAAUGUCGCAGUUAGAAGUUGAUUUUUACACGGGAAUGAAUGCUUUGAAAUAUAUAAAUGAUUUUUAUUUUUAUGAGAAUGAAAAAGGGAGUGAAAAUAUUGCAAGCAAGCAAGUCAGUGGUAUUCGAGGACAAUACUUAAUUGAAGAAUUACUGAAUUCUAUUCAAGGGUUCUUGCACAGUAUAAUCACUAAAGCGAUUCUUGUCAAAAGCGACGGUUCACAGGAAAUUUCAUCGAGUCAUUUGGCUAUAAUAAUGGAUCGCAUCUGUUGCCUUUUAAAAGGUGUAUCAAUGCGAUUACAUUUAAUAGAGAAUAAUUCUGUAGAUUAUGCAAAUUUGGUAUCCAAAUUAUUCAAUGGGGAAUGGGUCUUCUCACUGCUAAAAUGUUGUUAUAUGAUUGACAAUUUCGAUAUAAUUGAUUCAGCACUUUCGACUAUUUUACAUAUUAUAAUUGAUCAACAAUUUGUAUCCUCUAGUCUCAUCAACUCAAAACAUCAAAUACGUGAGAUUGUAGAUACUUUAUGGAAAUUUUUAGAUCCUAAUAAAGCGGCCUUUCAUUUACGAGUUGUCCAAUUAAUUUGGAGUUUGAAAGAUUUAUCUCAAGCGAAUUACGUAGAGGCUGUCAUUUCAGAAUAUCUUAUACAAAAAGAUUCUUCCGUACGACAAUCGAACUUUGAACGCUUUGGUACUUUUUGGAGACUUUCUGAGAAUUUCCAAGAUAAAUACUUACAUUUCUCUCAGCCAAUGUUUUUGAUGCUUGAUGCUUUGCGUGAUGAAAAUCCGACUAAUCGUCGUGCAGGCGAAACAUGGUUACGAUGUAAUAAGAAUUCUUACACGAGAAUCUUAGAACCUUUGAUCCAAAUUCUUUGUGAUUCUUCAAUUAUGAGACAAAAGGCUGAAAAAAUAAUUGGUGUAGAGACUUUCCGACUUUCUUAUUACGAAAGACCAUUUAAUCAGGCUCAAGUUGAUUAUGUAUUUGAGACAUUGGCUACUAUCUGUCGUGUUGGGGGAGCUAGCUUUAUGAAAACGAUACGAAAACAAAACAUAAAACAUGAUUUAGCAAAAUCAUGUAGUUGGCUUUCUGAAGAAGGAAAUGGAGUUAUGAAUGAAGUUGUAAGAGAGAUAACAUAUAGUGAACUUUUUAUCAAGACUUCUAUAUUUUAUAUGGAGGCUGAAGUGCCACAUACACUAUCCUCUAUGACUGUACUAAAUGAAUACAUUCAUAUGCAUGCAAUGGACUUUCUUUAUCAUUUAAUUUCAAAGAUAGAUUAUGUCAAUAACGACUUGGUUCAAUUGGUACACGAUGCGUUACUGCGGAAAAUUCUUUUUUGUAUAUAUUCGAAAAAGUUGGAUUUACAAUCAAGACUGUUACAUUUAUUAUGUAUUACAGUAACCCAUAUAGGAUCCGCUAAAGUAAAUCCUGUUUAUAUUGAUGGUCCAUACAAUUUACCACCAUAUACAUAUGAUAAUUCAGCGUCAAAGGAAGAUACGGAUACAAAGAAUGAAAAUUUAGAUGUAGCAAGAUCAUCACGUUCUUUAAUUAAGGUGUUGCUUGACGCCUUAUCAAUAAAUUCUAAUCGUCCUCUCUUACAGCAGUGGAUGGAUUUUAUUCUGGCAUCUUUGCCUUAUUUCAGACAUUCAUUUAACUCUAUAUUAGUUCCAUUAAUCCAGCGUUUAUGUGAACAGUUAAGUCGAUGGAAAACCGAAAUGCAUAAUCAUUAUGUUUUCAUGGCUGAUGAUGAUACAUCUGAUUCGUUGAAAUAUAGCAAAAAAUCUGGUGAUUUGUCAAUGUCCGAACGGGAUAUUAUUACUUUACUUGGUGGGUUCGAGAAAAUAGUUAUGUUUUGUUUAAAGGAUGGAGGGUUAGUCAAUGAAGCAGAUAACUCUUCAACCGGCUCUAAGGCAUAUGAAUCAUCUCUUGGACUUUCUGGCUUUGGUAACCUGUUCUCAAUAGAUACAAGUCAUACCGAACAAACUUCGUCCGAACAAAAACCUCGCGAUUAUAUACUUUAUGUUGUCUUCCCAAAUAUUGUUACCAUAAUUAUAGACAUAUGGACCAUAUUCAAGGAUGUUCACUCAUCUAAUCGCCCACAUAGGGUUGGAACUGAUCCGUUUUUGAUUACAUUAUCUCAUACGCGAGACAGAACUCAAAGACGUAUUAUGAAGCUUUUAGAUAAGUUACAUAAACAUGCACAUGCAGAGCUUAUAGAAGCAUUUGUGGAGCUUUGGUAUAUCGAAAACCCUAAUAGUAUUUCUAGUCAGGAGAUGCUAAACAAAUGUGCUGAAAGUAUUGUCAUUGAUGUAAUGAAAGUCAUUCCAGGUUUAUCCCCGCAAAAAGUGAUAGUCACUAUGCUAAAUAGCGCUCGUGGGCGAUCACAAGUUGUACAAAAUUCCCGAAUAAAAAAGUUGGGAUCUAAGGUGAACAAGAUAUCCGAUAUUAUUAUUCUACGAUUUUUAGAAGUUUUCUGCGAUUCUUUAGCAGUUAAUCAACCCCUGAUUGAAGUUUGGCCUCAAUGCUUGGCUUACAUUAAAGACUAUAUUGCGCAAGCUUCUUCAUAUAAAUAUUUGUUUCCUGCACUUCUUAAGUUUAUGCACAAAUUGUCAGAUAAGUUGUGCUCCACAGCUUACUUUGAAGAUAAAAAGGUUCGACGAGACAUGCAUGACACAUAUCAACGUAUUUUAGAUUACUGCAUAUUGAUCUCGGGUCGUUCAUUCGACCAAGGGAUAUGGCUAAGACGAUCAGUAGCUAUAGACGGUGAAGUCGAAAGCAUAGAAGUUAAUGACGAAAGAGAUUCAGAUCUCGUUGUGGUUCCAAACAUAAAACGAUUGUUAAUUGAUCAAGAUCGAAUUGUUUCUCUUUUGACGAAUAUGAUGUAUUAUAUAAUUGGCCCUGUACUGAAAAAUCGCCCCAGUACUGGUAUACCAAAUGUCAUAUUAAAUCUCAUUUGUGAGAUGUCCAAGCUACCUUUUGCAUAUCGUGUCUGGCGUAAAGAAUUAUGGGAUGUUUUUAUAGAUAAUAAAUUUUUUAAUAUGACACCUGGAGCAGCUAAAAAAUGGCGUGUCAUUAUGCAAACAAUUAUGACUUCAGAAAAGGAAAGAUUCCCUGAACUGUUGGGACGUUUGUCUACAUCACCUGCAAAUGCUUUGUUUGUUAGCAAAGAACAAGAAUCUUUGAACCGUGCAUUAAAUCUGAGACGUUUCUCAUUUGUAAUUUACUGUGGUAAUAUGGAUCAGUAUCUACAAUAUCUUCCUCCUAUACAAGAGAAGUUGGUAGAGUUAUUCAAAUUGGGUUUAUCCGAAUUAGUACACGCCGAGAUUUAUUUGACACUCCGAAUAUUAAUGUGUCGAAUUUCGAACCAACAUUUAUCAAAUUUUUGGCCAGUUAUUCUUACGGAAUUGGUUAGAUUGUUUGGGAUGUUCCUACAAAAAGAACCUAUUGAGCAACAAUCUGAAGUUGCUAACGUAUUUUUAGCUGCUUGCAAAUUUUUGGAUUUAUUAUUCGUUUUACAAACUAAUGAUUUCCAAGUAUAUGAAUGGAUGUUCAUAUCAGACACAAUUAAUGUCAUUAAUCACGCUCUUGAAUGGUCGCCUUAUGCGUUAAUGGAUAAGUUGGCGGAUCAUCUUUCAGGUCAACAGCAAGAUUUAUCAAAGCUUCACUUGGAUAAUAUAGCUAGUCAAGUUAGAGCGGAAUCACCAUUAUCACGAGCUCUUACUUUUUCAAACGGUGACAGCAAACGACCAAUGUUGACAUUGAAAAGUAUUACUAGUAUUAGGCAAUUGGAAUUUUUUGUAAGAAAUGUGAGCUUAUAUGUAUAUAAAUCUAUUUACACACUUGCAAAACCAGAUAUUCCAUAUAUUGAAAGUUUAUUAGAAAAUGAUAUGUUAGAAUACGGUAGUGUUUAUAGCACUACUGAAUUGGGAAGUAUUGAUGUUGGUAGUGGUGAGAUAUAUUCGUAA